AUGAGUAACGCGUAUGUUCGUUACUAUCUUGAUCAGCAACAAGGGCGUGGUAUGGCUGUUUUCAGAGGCAGACCAUGGCAGAUGGGUCAUGGACAAGUCGGUUUUGGACUAGGUGGUCUGUUUAAAAGUGUUGCUAGGGCAGUCAUGCCAAUUGUAAAAAGUGGAGCAAAAGCUCUUGACGAAAAAGUCGGAGUUGUGAACAAUUUUCUGAACAGCCUUUUCAAACAAGUUGACGUCUUUUUGAAAGAAAAGCAAGUGACACAAGCUACGGGAACGUAUGCAUACCGCUUGUAUUUGGGGACACUGCUUAAUUUCGAACUCACCGCGGCUUUGUUUUAUAAAGAUACAGCAGGAAAAUUUGAUGUGUCCGAUCCUACAGUAGCGGUUGCUGCUAAUACCAACUAUGGUCUUAAAAAGAGAUACAAAUUCAGCAGCGCGAGUAAAACAAUUGAAAUGGCUGGACCUAUAUUUAGUGAUGUGUUGUUUUCAGAACGUCCCCUGUUAAGCUUUGUAGACCUAAAAGUAAUUCUGAAUCGCAAUAUUAACGAGUUUUGUUUGAUGGCAUCUGAAGAUGGUGUGGAUUACAGAGUAAAAUUGAUGGAUGUCUAUCUCAAAAUACGUAAGGUGAAAAUUAGCCCAACUGUUUCCAUGGCCCAUGAGAUUGCAUUGAAAAAAGGUCCUGCUAGCUAUCCUAUCCAUCGUGUUGAAUGUAAAAGUUUCAUUAUUCCAGCUGGAAAUCCCUCCCUAAGGAAAGAUAACAUUUUCAACGGACUUGUCCUGAAAUCAUUUGUUUGUGGCUUGGUCGAAAGUGCAGCAUUCAAUGGCGCGUACAAACAAAACCCAUUCAACUUUCAACAUUUCAACAUGUCGUUUAUUGGAGCGUCUGUGAAUGGCGAAGAAGUACCUUUGAAAGGUAUGCAACUCUCCUUUGCCCGUGCAAAUCCCAGAUAUAUUGAAGCAUUUUACACAAUGUUCCCUGGCACGGGAAAGAUGAACUACAACACUGGAAAUGAUAUCUCACACGAUUAA